UUGUUUUUAAAAAAGCGCGCCAUUUACAGCCAAUAAGAUUGCUGAUGUGACGAAAGUCUACACUCACGUACGUCAGUUUAGACAAUGUUGCACAAAUCUACGGUGACGUCCGUGCUUACAGACAAAAUCUUUUCUUUCCUAUUCUUUAAUCCAUAAAGUUAUGAAUUAUUAGAUUAAUAAUUGUACAAAAUAAUUUGACAAGAUGAACGUGGUGACAGCAUUAAAGUUUUAUGUUACAAAAAUGACGGAGGAGAGUGGUCCUGGCAUGAAAGUCCUUUUAAUGGACAAGCAAACGAUAAGCAUAGUCAGUUUGGUUUACAGUCAGUCAGAAAUUUUAAUGAAAGAAGUUUAUCUCUUCGAACGAAUCGAUGCUGCUGUUCGCAGCGAAGGUUUAAAACAUUUAAAAUGCAUUGUUUUUGUUAGACCUACCAAAGAAAAUGUUGCCUUAUUGUGCAAUGAACUACGAAAUCCAAAAUACGGCACCUAUUAUAUUUAUUUUAGCAACAUCAUAGCAAAGGCAGAUAUUAAAUCGCUAGCAGAGAGCGACGAACAAGAAGUUGUCAGAGAAGUCCAUGAAUAUUAUGCAGACUAUUUGGCUGUGAGCCCGCAUUUAUUUUCUCUCGGUAUCAAUGGAUCCUGUCAAGGUUUGAACUGGAAUCCAAUUCAUCUUCACAGAACAGUACAAGGCAUAACUGCCGUUCUUUUAUCUCUAAAAAAAUGUCCUUACAUCCGAUAUCAAGGAACUUCUGAAGUUGCCAAAAGACUGGCCGAGAAAAUUCGUGAAGUUUUGUCUAGGGAGUCAAAUUCUUUUAAAUUUAGGGAAGAGUCCAAUUCGAUUCUUCUCAUUCUAGACAGAAGAGAUGAUCCCGUCACGCCGUUACUUAAUCAGUGGACCUAUCAGGCUAUGGUUCAUGAACUUUUUACAAUUAAUAAUAACAGAGUUGAUUUGUCGCACGUUAAAGGAAUUUCAAAAGAGCUUCAAGAAGUUGUUCUCAGUGCACAACAUGACGAAUUUUAUGAACAUAAUUUAUACCUAAACUUCGGGGAAAUUGGACAAACGAUCAAAGAAUUGAUGGAGGAAUUCCAAAGAAAAGCGAAGAAACAUCAAAAAGUGGAAAGCAUAGCAGACAUGAAAACUUUUGUGGAGGCGUAUCCUCUUUUCAAAAAAAUGUCUGGUACAGUUUCCAAACAUGUGACUGUAGUUGGCGAGCUCUCUACGAUGGUUGGCGAUUAUAAUUUGCUGGAAGUUUCGGAACUGGAACAGGAACUCAGUUGUCAAAGUGAACAUUCCACUCAGCUUCAGAAAAUAAAGAAGCUUAUAAACGACGCAAGAGUUCGUGAUAAAGAUGCAACAAGAUUGGUGAUGUUGUAUGCCUUGCAUUACGAAAAACAUACAAAUAACGACAUUACCGGUUUGUUAGAUAUGCUAAAAAAGCGAGGCGUUUCAGAAAAGUACACGAAGCUCGUCUACAGUGUGCUGGAGUACAGCGGAGUUCACUCUAGACAGAGUAAUUUAUUUAAUCAAGAAGCUGUCGCCAAAAUAACAAAAAAAUUGUUCAAAGGCUUGAGUGGAGUGGAUAAUAUUUACACACAACACACACCGCUAUUGUCGGAGACUUUAGAAGAUACAGUAAAAGGAAAAUUAAAUUCUCAAACCUUUCCCUACCUUGGAAACAUGAUUAUGACAAAAAGGCCGCAAGAAAUCAUAGUCUUUAUAGUCGGUGGGACGACUUACGAGGAGAGUUUAGCCGUUUACAAUUUAAAUCGUCAGAAUCCGGAUACAAAAAUUAUUCUCGGCGGCACGACAAUUCACAAUUUCGAGAGUUUUUCCGAGGAAAUUCAGUCGGCAACGACCGGCAUAAUUCAAAGGUACAGACCUCGACAUCACUGAAGACAUGAAAAGGUGUAUUUGUAACAGAGUUAUUUAUUUGUAAAAUAUGUAAUUGUAACAUUCUAUGUUGUGUACAAAAAAUUCUGGGUCGUGCCAAUUGUUUUCAGUGAUUGUAUACUUCCGGAAAAUUGUCCAAAGUAUAUCAAUUAGCACAAUUUUUUAGCUGUUAUCUUUCCAUAAAAGUGUAAUUCAAUGUAAAGGAAGUCUGCGGAUUUGAAGAAAAAUUUAUUGCUCUAAAUUUCGAUGAGAAAA